UACAAAUCUGAUGCUUCAGAACAAUCCCCCUGGAGGGCAGAGGGGGACAAGAAAUCAUGGGACGGUGUCUAAUAAACAAUGGGGCGGUUCUUAUCCUGUACUGUUUUGUCCUCCUAUAAAUCACAUUGAAUGUCACAUAGAAUUCUGAUCCUCCCAGGGAUACGAGAUGCAUAUCUAUUAUGAUUCUAGUUGAUAAUUGAUGAAGAUGGCCCCAGUGGAAUAAAAUGUCUGGCUGUCAUGGUCACCAGCAAUCAUAAUAUAUCUACAGAAAAGUCAGCUACGAACCGUAUACCAGUUUCUUUGCAGCAAGGAUGGGGAGUCAAGCAAACACGUGGGAGAUGAAGAUACUUAGUAGAAUUUGAAUUGGGGUUUUCAAGCUGCAACUUGCAAGUGGAAAGCAAUGGCUCUCAAUCUGAGCUACAAGAAUUUGAGACAGUUAUUUAUUUAAUUCUGAUCAUGACAGCUCUUUUCAAUCUGGUGCUUGUAAGUUAUCAAGUUCAUAGAAAAUGUCUUCAAACUCCAACUACUACUGUUCGUUACUGAAGAUCUGCACCGAAACCCGUAACCGGACUCGACUAAAGAGAAUCCAUUGCCACAUUCUCAAAACCUUUAAAGACCCGGAGACAUUCUUAUUGAACAAUCUCGUCAAUGCGUACAGUAAACUAGGCGAUUUAACCUAUGCACGCUACGUGUUCGACAGAAUUCCCCGACCGAAUCUCUUUUCAUGGAAUACUAUUCUUUUCACUUAUUCGAAAUCUGGGAAUCUUUCAGACAUGAAUUUUAUAUUUAAUCGCAUGCCGAAACGCGAUGGGGUUUCUUGGAAUUCCCUUAUUUCAGGGUAUGCUUCUCGUGGUAUGGUUACUGAGGCAGUGGAAGUUUAUAAUUCUAUGUUGAGGGAUGGGGUGGCUAAUUUGAAUAGGAUUACGUUUUCUACAAUGCUUAUAUUGUCGUCUAGUCAAGGGUGUGUUGAUUUGGGUCCGCAGAUUCAUGGGCAGAUUGUGAAAUUUGGGUUUGGAUCGUAUGUGUUUGUGGGUUGUCCUCUGAUGGAUAUGUAUUCAAAAGGUGGGUUGAUUCACGAUGCGAAACAAGUUUUUGAAGAAACUCCAGAGAGGAAUGUGGCAAUGUAUAAUAUGAUGAUUACAGGGCUUUUGAGGUGUGGUAUGGUGGAGGACUCCAGCUGGUUGUUUCAUAGUAUGAAGGAAAAAGAUUCAAUUUCUUGGACAACGAUGAUCACAGGAUUGACUCAAAAUGGUUUGUAUAGGGAGGCUAUUAAUUUGUUCAGAGAAAUGAGGAUAGAAGGCUUGGCUAUGGAUCAGUUUACCUUUGGAAGUAUGUUGACUGCUUGUGGGGGUCUACUGGCCCUGGAAGAAGGCAAGCAAGUUCAUGCUUUUGUAAUUAGAACUAAUCACAAAGAUAAUGUCUUUGUAGGCAGUGCACUUGUUGAUAUGUAUUGCAAAUGCAAAAGCAUAACAUCUGCAGAGACAGUUUUCAAGAAGAUGACCCACAAGAAUGUUGUGUCCUGGACUGCAUUGCUAGUGGGUUAUGGCCAGAAUGGGUGCAGUGAAGAAGCUAUUAGAAUCUUUUGUGAUAUGCAGAGAAAUGGGAUUAAUCCUGAUUAUUAUACUCUAGGAAGUGUAAUUAGCUCAUGUGCAAACCUGGCAAGCUUAGAAGAGGGUGCUCAAUUUCAUGGCCAAGCAAUAGUUUCUGGCUUAUUUUCUUUCACAACAGUUUCAAAUGCACUUGUCACUUUGUAUGGCAAAUGUGGAAGCAUAGAAGAUGCUAAUCGGCUGUUCAAUGAGAUGAAUUUUAGGGAUGAAGUUUCCUGGACUGCAUUGGUGUCUGGUUAUGCUCAGUUUGGGAAAGCCAAUGAAACAAUUGAUUUGUUUCAAAGAAUGUUAGCUCAUGGUCUAAAACCUGAUGGAGUCACUUUUGUUGGUGUUCUAUCAGCUUGUAGUAGGGCAGGACUAGUGGAAAAAGGGAAUCAAUAUUUUGAGUCAAUGGUGAAAGAACAUGGAAUUAUGCCAGUUGUUGAUCAUUAUACUUGCAUGAUUGACCUUCUUAGCCGAGCUGGAAGGUUAGAAGAAGCAAGAAGUUUUAUAAACCAAAUGCCAUUCCCUCCUGAUGCAAUUGGUUGGUCUACCUUACUAAGCUCAUGUAGACUGCAUGGUAACUUGGAAAUUGGGACAUGGGCAGCAGCAUCCCUUCAGGAACUAGAGCCCAGCAACCCUGCAGGUUACAUCUUACUCUCAAGCAUAUAUGCUGCUAACGGGAAAUGGGAUAAUGUGGCUGAAUUGAGGAGGGGAAUGAGAAGUAAAGGAGUGAGAAAGGAACCAGGAUGCAGUUGGAUCAAACAUAAAGGCAAAGUGUACAUUUUCUCAGCAGAUGACCAGACAAGUCAAUUUUCAAAUCAGAUAUAUGCUGAGUUGGACAAAUUAAAUCAGGAGAUGAUAAAGGAGGGUUAUGUACCAGAUAUGAGUUCAGUUCUGCAUGAUGUUGAGGAAUCAGAAAAGAUAAAGAUGCUUAAUUACCACAGUGAGAGGCUUGCAAUUGCAUUUGGGUUGAUAUUUAUUCCUCUUGGGCUUCCCAUACGCAUAGUUAAAAAUCUUAGGGUAUGUGGGGAUUGCCAUAAUGCCACUAAGUAUAUUUCUAAGAUCACCCAGAGAGAGAUACUGGUAAGAGACGCUGUCCGGUUCCAUUUGUUCAAAGAUGGAACAUGCUCGUGUGGAGAUUUCUGGUGAUACUGUUUUCCAUGGCCAAAGUUGUAGCAGAGAUCAAAACCCUUGACUGACUAUUCGAAUAAUCAAAUCACAGGAUUAUUGGAUUAAAAAUUAAUUCCGCUAUCAAGUGGGAUAUGAUUAAAGCACUAGAGGGCUAUCCAUUUUAAACGAUCAUGUUCUUGAAUCGUAACAUUGAAAGCAAGGUACAUUUGCUAUGCUAGUCACCAUCGUUAGUAUAUCCAUAUCAGGUAAGGAGCGUAGAAGAUACACCAAUUAUUGCCAGGUCAAGCAUUUUAUAUGAAAGCGGAGUUUCAUUGCUUGAUUUCAGUGUGGAAGAGUAUCCCAUGUAUAACAAGAGUGAUUCUGGAAUUGAUUCAAUUCUUCUUCACCAGUCUACAAUUAUUGAGGUAAGUUAGUUUACUAGAAAAUCAGAUCAGAAUACACGACACAAUUGCUCAAGUUGUAUCAGAGAGAGAGCUAGAUGUUGCAAAAAACUGUUGAUAGAAAAAUUACAGAACUAUGUUAUACAUGCAGAGGGAGGAGGAGGAGGAGGAGAAGAAUAAGAAGACUCACAAAGUUUUUGAUCUUUUCAAAAGGUCGUCGAAUGCAGAGGAGCACAGCUGGCUUAUCCCGCCAUAAUUCUGAAGCUUUCAUUGGUGGAGUCUUCGACGUCACCAAACGCUCCAUCCCAAUCUUAUACGCAGGAGUUAAUUUCUGAACUGAUAUGUUUCCG